CUUCUGUUCUGCCUUACCUUCGUCCUAUCUUCGUUCCCACUCCGCGUUUCCUAAUCCCCUGAAACUCGUCGCAUACUUUCACAAUGGGUGGUCAUCUCGAUCCUAAGAACGGAAUUUUCCUCGGCACGUGGGGUGACCUCGGCUGCCCUACUCCCCAGCGUAUCACCUCCUACUCCCUCUCUCCCAACCGUCAGCGCCCUCUCGCCGGUGCCGGUCACGCCGCUAUCUUCAACACCUUCCGCAGAUUCAGACACCAGGUCCUCUACGUCGCUCCUCCCUUCAUUGCCGCCUACGCCCUCAUGAACUGGGCUAUUGAGCGCAACGAGUACCUCAACUCCAAGCCUGGCCGCCUUCUCGAGGGUGGUGAGGAGUAAAUGUAACGUGCGAUACCAAGGGGACCACUACGGGGAAGAAAUGUAGCCCAGGAAGAAUGCAGGAAUUCGUUUGGUGAUUGCGAUGUACAGUAACUAGAAGCAAUCGGUUGUGUUGCGUGUGCCGCUUUGCCUAUGAGUGCCUAUGAGUAGUUCAAGCGUGGGGGGUUGUAUCCAUGAUCUGUAAUGGAUGCGUUUAGAUAGGUCGGAUGGAUUCCAGAUCCAGGCGACCUUGACCAAUCGUAGUGUCCGGCCAUUGCCCUGCGCUGAUUGACCUUCUCUGUUCUACGAUAAUGCAC